GAUGCAGUGGUUGGUGAAGGCGUUCCGAGCUCUUGAAUUACGCACGCAAAGUUGGGAGCAGAGGCGCGCGUUGGAGAUAUUUCUUCCCCGGUGACUUACCAAAAUACUAAACGAAUUGUCAAAUUACGCACGCUUGUAUUGGCUAUUGGUGUUUGCGCGUGUAAUUUUGCUGGCUAUACAUUCCUCUACUGCUUUGAGGAGAGGGCGCGCCACAGGGACGCGCUUUGGGCUUUCUUUAAAACAUCAGGCACAAGCCUAACAUUAUGAGGUGCAGCCAUGGCAGGCAAGGGUAAGACAGCGGCGAGGACGCUGGAGGAUUUAACGCUCGAUUCCGGUUAUGGUGGAGCGGCGGAUUCCUUCAGGUCGUCCAGCGUGUCGCUCUGUUGCUCGGACACGCAUCUGUCGUAUGCGCAUGGGGGAAACUGCUGGCAUCUGACUGAGUCAAUGCACAGCAGACACAACAGUUUGGACACGGUCAAUACCGUCCUGGCGGAAGACACGGAGAUCCUGGAGUGCUCGGGCCAGUGCGCCAAACUGCCCGAGCUGGAGGAGGACGUGCCGUGGAGUCUUGGAGAGGUGGAAGGAGCGCUGCGCAAAGACGAGGAGCUGUGCGUGGGGAACGCGUCGCGGGAGAUCCUGGCCAAGCUCUCCGCGCUGGUCAGCCGCGCGCUGGUGAGGAUCGCCCGGGAGGCGCAGCGCAUGAGUCUGCGUUACGCCAGAUGCACCAAGCACGAGAUCCAGAGCGCUAUCAAGAUGGUCCUCUCGUGGACCAUCUCCGUGAACUGCAUUACUGCGGCGCUCAGCGCGCUGUCGCUUUACAACAUGAGCACGGGUGAUAAGUUCAGCCGGGGCAAGUCAACCCGAUGCGGACUUAUCUUCUCCGUGGGAAAGUUCUUCAGGUGGAUGGUGGAUAGCCGGGUGGCCUUGCGCAUCCACGAGCACGCGGCGAUCUACCUGAGCGCCUGUAUGGAGAGCCUGUUCAGAGAGGUGUUUACCCGGGUGCAGAGGAGCGCGCUGGUGGAGAAGGAGAACGGAGUGCCAAAGUUUUCCGUGGAGUCCCUAGAACAGGCCAUAAACAACGACUCGGAGCUGUGGGGUCUUUUGCAGCCGUACCAGCACCUCAUUUGUGGCAAGAAUGCAAGCGGUGUAUUGAGCCUGCCGGACAGUCUGAACCUGCACCGUGACCAGCAGCGAGCAGGGAAAACUGGAGAGGGCCAUGCCUAUAGCCAGGCUGAACUCCGCACCAUUGAACAGUCACUUCUGGCGACCCGUGUGGGGAGCAUCGCCGAGCUCAGUGACCUGGUGUCUCGGGCCAUGCAUCACCUUCAGCCUCUGCACAUCAAGAACCCCAGCAAUGGCACUCCUGUGCACCAGAACCGCACGGGCUCCGUUCACUGGGAGCCCGAGGCCCUCUAUACGCUCUGCUACUUCAUGCACUGUCCGCAGAUGGAGUGGGAAAACCCUAAUGUCGAACCCUCUAAGAUCACCCUGCACACGGAGAGGCCGUUCCUGGUACUGCCUCCACUUAUGGAGUGGAUCCGGGUGGCCGUAGCUCACACUGAACACCGCCGAAGCUUCUCAGUGGACAGUGAUGAUGUUCGACAGGCGGCUCGACUGCUGUUACCCGGAGUGGACUGUGAGCCGCGGCAGCUCAAAGCAGACGACUGUUUCUGUGCCACACGGAAACUGGACGCUGCGUCCACAGAAGCAAAGUUCCUGCAGGAUCUGGGCUUCCGGAUGCUCAACUGCGGACGAACUGACCUGGUCAAGCAAGCAGUCAACCUGCUCGGGCCAGAUGGCAUUAACAGUAUGAGUGAACAGGGUAUGACCCCUCUGAUGUACUCGUGUGUUCGAGGGGAUGAAGCCAUGGUGCAGAUGCUGCUGGACGCUGGAGCUGACAUAAACAGUGAGGUGCCCAGCUCACUACACAAGCACCCCUCAGUUUAUCCUGACACCAGGCAGGGGACGCCCCUCACAUUCGCAGUGUUACACGGACACGUCCCUGUCGUUCAGCUUCUGCUGGAUGCCCGAGCGAACGUGGAGGGGGCGAUUCAGGAAAGCACAGAGAACUACACGGAGACGCCUCUACAGUUGGCAUCUGCGGCAGGCAACUUCGAGCUGGUCAGUUUGCUUUUGGAAAGAGGAGCAGACCCUCUGAUUGGCACCACUUACCGGAAUGGCAUUUCCUCCGGUCCACUGGGUGAAAUGAACUCGUACAGCCUUGCAGCAGCACAUGGACACAGGAACGUCUUCCGGAAGCUUCUGUCGCAGGUGGAGAAGGACAAGGGGGACGUGUUGUCUCUGGAGGAGAUGCUGGCUGAGGGUUCGGAGGCCGUGGAGAGGAGAGCGCCACAGAAUGAAGGCACCCUCCGGACAGGCAAGGCCAAACUAAGAGCCCUCCGCGAGGCCAUGUACCACAGUGCCGAACACGGCCAUGUGGACAUUACCAUAGACAUCCGCAGCCUGGGCGUACCGUGGACCCUACACACAUGGCUAGAGUCUCUGAGAACAUGUUUCGUGCAGCAGCGGCGGCCACUGAUCCAGGGCCUAUUGAAGGACUUCAGUUGCAUUAAAGAAGACGAGUACACAGAAGAGCUCAUCACACACGGACUGCCACUCAUGUUCCAGAUCCUUCGAGCCAGCAAGAACGAGGUGAUCAGCCAGCAGCUCUCAGUCAUUUUUACCCAAUGCUAUGGUCCUUUCCCAAUCCCCAAACUCACCGAGAUCAAGAAGAAGCAAACGUCUCGCUUGGACCCACACUUUCUCAAUAACAAAGAGAUGUCUGAUGUGACGUUUCUGGUGGAAGGAAAGCCCUUUUAUGCCCAUAAAGUGCUGCUCUUCACUGCCUCGCCAAGGUUUAAGUCUCUGCUCUCUAACAGACCAGCGGCGGAGAACACAUGCAUCGAGAUCAGUCACGUCAAGUACAACAUUUUUCAGCUGGUAAUGCAGUACCUCUACUGUGGCGGCACUGAGUCACUGCACAUCAGGAACACUGAAAUUAUGGAGCUCCUGUCUGCAGCCAAGUUCUUCCAACUUGAUGCUCUUCAAAGACACUGUGAAAUAAUCUGCUCCAAGAACAUCACCAACGACUCCUGUGUGGACAUAUACAAACAUGCCAGGUUCCUGGGAGCCCUGGAGUUGGCAGGCUUCAUCGAGGGCUUUUUCCUGAAGAACAUGGUGCUCCUGAUUGAGCUGGAGAACUUUAAGCAGCUCCUAUAUGAGGUCCCUGCAGACAGCCCUGGUCCAGGCCCGUCCUAUGAUGUCCUCCAUGACCUGGAGCAAACCCUGGCCCUGCGGAUCCGCUCCAUUCAUCUUUCCACCUCCAAGGGCUCCAUCGUCUGACACAUCGUCGCCAAACUCACGCCAACCGUUCCUUACAGCGGUUUCAUCGAGUGCUCCAUUUUGUGUGCCAACCUACUGGAGACAUUUCAAAAAUCACCGCCGACGCAAUCAAAGGGGGGAUUGUGGGGAAAGCCGACGCAUUUUACUCCACAGGCUAACAUCUCCACCGUGUUGCAGAAACGUCAGCCUGCAGAACUCCAUUCCAAGGGCUACGUACGUUACGUUGUGGAAACAUUCUAGCAAUGUUGUGACAAAGCUAAUCGUGCCCAACAAACGUUAGCGCCCAGCCUCUACGGCGAUGCAUGCAGACGGGUCUGCUUCAAUUAUAGGUGGAACUGUCUGGGGAACGGUUGUCAUGCUACCUACUGCGGACGGUUUUAGGUUAUAUUACUCUCAAAUCAAUGUAAUAUCGUUAGCCUGCCCAAUUUGUGUAACAUUCCCUGACACUAAACGCUAAGCAAACGAUGCAUGUUGAGUUUGGUAGGUGAUGCUGCCAUUACGUUUCCUAAGUGUUCACGUUGGACAAAAGCUCCACUAGAUGAAGAGUUUUAAAACUAAGAUGUUUUAUAUAUUAAUACUCACAUCCAACUACUACUUUUGGUAUUUGUGUCACUGAACAAUAAUAUGCCAGCUGUUUAAAUCCUAGCACUUGUGUUUUAACGCUUUGCGGUGUUAAGGAAUAGGGAUUUGCUACCUUCGGUCUUUUGUAGAUUGAUUCGGCAGACAUUAUAGUAGACUGAAAUUAGGUUUUAGUUUAUAUUUAAUCAACAAAAGUUUACCAUGUCCACCGGUGCGUCGGUUCAAAGCAGAUCAUUUCAUCCUAAGGCUGUAACCAUGUCUAGUACAUUGAGGAGAACUCAUUUCUUUUUGAAAUGAAACAUUGGGAAAAUUAGGUCAAAUUUUAGUUGGGAAACUAUUUUCAAAUAAUAUUUUACAAUAUGCGCACAUAUUUGCAUUCCUAGUUUGUUAAAAAUGCAAAAUAUCUCCUGUCUUGUCACAAUUAGUUAGUAAUUUUCAAUUCUAAUCUAAAUUUGAGGACAAAAACUGGAUAUUACUAUUGUUUCUGUUGUAAAAAAUGUUUUCAUAUAUAAUUAAUCCAGAGAAGAAUAUAUAGAAUAUAUAGAAGGGAGAAUAUAUAGGUGAAUAUAUGUUUUUAUUUUCAUUUUUUAAUAAAUUAUUGUACAGUAGGCUUGCGCAGUUUAAAUAUGAACAAAAAUGGAUCUUAACAUCAAGUGUAAACAUGCCCUUUCUACUUUGCGUACUGUUAAAUCAACAAAUCCCACCUACUUUUUAUUGAUUGGCCAUCUCAAUCAUACUUACACUUUCCAUUUUUGAUUAUUUGAGUGCACUUGUCCUCCUCAAUGUCUGCAUUGGUCACGGCCCUGUUUUAAAAACCCUCCAGUCGACCACUGUGCUUCAUACACUCCAAACUGAGCAGUUCAUCCUUGCCUUGAGGUCACACCACCUAAUCUGCAUGGGUCCUGUUUGGAGCUUUUUUGAAAUACCAAGCUCAUUUUCCUUUCAAGGAUGCAGAAUUACUUACUAACGCCCUUUUGUGCAGGACUCUAUGGUCUUUGUUGCUUGCGAGUGUGUCGAAAUUGUGUGUUAUGAAAGAUGUCAUUGCACUGGUCGCUACCUUCAUGACCCAAUGUACAUAUUCCCGGUCCUCACCUGCUGCACUGCUUUCGUUCAAUGUGAAAAAUGUGAAGCCAAGCUGUUUUUAGUGUGCAUGUUUUUCCCAGUGUUCGUUCGUAACCCUUCAAGAUGUCGGUAAGUUUGAAACUGUACUGGAUGUACGAUGUUACCAGCAGAUGAUUAUGUUGACAAGCCUGAACCCAAAGUAAUAGAUUUCGAAGUAUGUAAAAGGUGCUGAUAUACUCAUAGCGAAGUUGUUUUUCGUUCUUCGUAAGCAGCGGUUUACGAUUAGCAAACAUUCAGACGCCAUCUACGCAGCUAAGACUUCAUUUUUACAAACAAAAUGAUCAAAAUAAACUAAAAUUAGUGCCAAAAAAAGACUAAAAACUGUAGUUAGAGUAGUUUAAAAUGUUUACAAUCCAAAUCUUUUCCCGAAAGCUCUCUUAGAUAAGCCAUUUUGAACUCCUAAAACCUAAUUUCGGAUUGAUUUUAAAUGGAAAAAUUAGCUUUGAGCAAAUCGGCCAUCAAGGCAUUUCAUCCAAAGACUAUCUAGAUAUCAAAAUCCCAUCCUAAUAGUUAGUUAUUUGAUAAUAUCCAAUCGGUUAUCUUACCAUAAUGUGCUGGUAGUGCUGUCUAAAAGUCCUGUUCUGUUGUAUGAUUUGUAUUUCAUGUGCGAUUCCGUUUAUGAACAUCCUGUUAAUGGGGAAAGUUGCUAAAUUUUAAAACGGAAAUACAUCCUUUAUUGAUAUGUAGCUUAUACUAUGGAAUAAUAUCACGAUGCAAAUAAUUUAAAACUGUGAAGAUGCAUUUAUUUUAAAAGGAAUUUAGCAUAGUUACUUUAUUUUCUUACAAAGUACAUUUAUUGUGCGAUCCCUGUCUGCUAUUUUGUGACAAGUCGUCAUGAUGUAUCGCUUUGAGAAGCCGACACAAAAAUACAGACGGAGAUAAAUCGUGUCAUUUUAAAAGAUUAGACCCGCGCUUAUGUCUUCAAUACCUGCCGGUUGUGUUCGCGGUUUAAAUAAUGAAAUAAAAUUUGGAUUUGUUAAAGCAAUACUUGCCACAAAUGUGUCCAUGCAAGGUUAGUGCUCUCGUCUGAGCUGUUACUUGUGCGUAGCAUGGAUGCUUCUCCAUGUAGCCAAAUGUAAAGCAGAAGCCAAUCUCAUGAAGUGUUUGUAAACGCUGUACACACACACACACACACACACAAAGAAACUUGCUCAGUGUUUCCUAGCUUCGGCUUUUCUCUGCUAUACUGCUGUUAACUCUUUAGUCUCCACUAAUGCACACCUUUUGACAUGAAAAACCUGCAUGCUUUGGCUGGAUCAGAGUCUAACGGAAAUUGUUUGCUAUUAUUAUUUCACUCGGUUGAGACAUUGUACAUUGUACAAAAGAUAUAUAGAGAAAUAUCUAUAGAACUUGGUGUAAAUAUAAGGGAUGUGGUUGAGUUUAACGAUUGAAAAAAAUCAAGAAUGUCACACUUGUGCUACAGUACAGUUGUUCGAUGACAUGCAUUUGUGGACAGUCAAUAGAAAUGACCACGAUUGACCACUGUGUUGGGUCGUCAUUAAAUUUCUGUGAUAAAC